CGUGGGAUUUGAGUUUCCUUAAUCCAACAAAAUUCACUUUUUCACUAAAAUGAGCAUCAUCACCUUCGUAUUCUCCUAGAAUACAUCGAAAAUAAUUAUCCCCAAUACACUUACCAUAACACCCCUUCAUUUCAAGGGAUUUACAAAUUAAACCGAAGUCUUUUGAGGUUCAGGAUAAAUUAUGUAGAAAAUAUAUCAGUUAAUAUUAAUAUCCUUAAAAAGAGGACAAAUUAAAAGAGAAAAAUAAAAUUAAGAGCUCAGGUUGAGAAGGCCAGCAGAUAUGCUGUUGUAUCGAAAGGUUUAAUUUUGAUUUUCCAAGCAUGCCCAAAAAAUUGCUAUUUCCUUAUAAUUUCCACAGCCCUUAUAGAUUAGAUGCAUGUUUUCUACAAUGACUCAUCUCUUCACCCUUUUAUGUAGGCUAGUUGAAAAAUAUGUUCACCACAAUUUCUGUAAUUUUGCGCCGCCCUUUACCAUCUUAAUCCUCAAACAUUUUUCUCCAGCUUUAAUUUUCACAUGAACGUACCAUGAUCUGGGUUUAAUUUUUCUUUGUUAUAAAUAAUUGGCAAAUGCAUUUAUGGGCCUGCUCAAUUCUCUGUUGGGACAAGAAUCCAGAAGAUUCAUCAAAAGAAAAGACAGUGAUGCAGGGGAAGCAGGUCGUGCAUUGGAAGAAAUCAGAAGCACUCUUUAUAAUGAUCUUCGGACAUCGGAAGGAGCUAAACGCCAACAACAGCGGCAUUGUGGACCAGUUGUGGCCAUGUCAUUCAAUUUUAUGGUUUCUGUUGGUGAUGGGGAGAGUUGGAUUCAAUUACCCGAUAUUUCUCACGCUAAUCCACUACACUACCGCUUGGCUUUUGAUGGCCUUUUUCAAGGCUCUCUCUUUGCUUCCUGUCUCCCCUCCUUCUAAAUCCACACCAUUCUCAUCAUUGUUUGCUUUGGGAGCUGUCAUGGCUUUUGCCUCUGGACUUGCAAAUACUAGCCUUAAGCACAACAGUGUUGGUUUCUAUCAAAUGGCUAAAAUUGCGGUCACGCCAACGAUUGUUACAGCAGAAUUUAUUCUUUUUAAGAAGACAAUAUCAUUCAGCAAGGUUGUUUCUCUAGUCGUUGUCUCUUUCGGUGUGGCUGUUGCUACAGUCACUGACCUGGAAUUCAACAUGUUUGGUGCUUUUAUUGCGGUUGCUUGGAUAAUCCCGAGUGCCAUUAACAAAAUACUCUGGUCUAAUCUCCAACAACAAGGCAAUUGGACUGCUCUCGCGUUGAUGUGGAAAACGACCCCAGUUACUAUAUUCUUCCUGGUAGCUCUUAUGCCAUGGUUGGACCCUCCAGGAGUGUUGUUGUUCAAGUGGAACAUGACAAAUACAACUGCUGUCCUAAUAUCAGCCUUGCUUGGCUUUCUCUUGCAAUGGUCUGGGGCCUUGGCACUCGGUGCUACAUCUGCAACAUCUCAUGUUGUUCUUGGGCAAUUCAAGACAUGCAUCAUCCUACUUGGAGGUUAUAUACUUUUCGGUUCUGACCCGGGUCCUGUAAGCAUUGUUGGUGCUAUUUUAGCACUUUGUGGGAUGUCGGUUUACACGUCUCUUAAUCUCAAGGGCUCAGUUGAUAUGACAACUAAUCUCCUUCCAAGCCAGAAUUUACCUUCAGCCAAACCCAAGAGCAUUGAAUACGAAGAGAAGCCAGUCGUUGAGGAUAAUACGGUGACUGUUUGAGUCUUACAUUGUCGGGCUUUCUGGUUUGAGCUUCAGUGCUUCAUAACUGUUCUGGCUCGCGUUUUGUAUAGAUGAACCGUUUAAUGGUAUAUGAGACGGUGAUUCAGAUUCACACGGAACUCGGGUCUUUGUCUUUGUACAGAUUUCGAUAGUAAACGUCAAGACAAAUUUGGAUUUAAGAAAUAACAGAACAUUCAUGUGAAUUCUUUUAACAAAAGAUAUCAGGGUAACAUCUACUACAAUAUGCCUAUUUUACUGAAUAAGUGAAUAAUGUUCUAAAAGUCAUUGCUAUGAAAUUACCAUAGAAAUCAGGAGGCAGAAUUAUGGGUUUGAGCAGUUGAAUUAUCAAAAAUGCUUCGUCUUUUCUUGUUGUGCGCCGUCUUUUCCUGGCGCUUGAAGUACUUUUGAGCGUGACUCGCUACCUGAGCAGGACUUCUACUCUGGACUACGUGUCUCGAAAUGCUUUUCCAGUCUCCUUUCCCGUAUUGUUCAAGCCCACUUAGAAAUAAUCUGUGUUCAUCUUCCGUCCACGGCUUGGCCGCCUUUCGAGGCGCCCCUUUCUCAGAAUUAGGGUUUUUCAGGGGCUCCGACGGCCGAACCGCGUCCUCGGUCGGCGAGUAUUCCGGAAGCUCGAUCAACCCCGCCUCGAUUGCCGCCAAGUCAUCCAACAGAAUAUCAUAGUGCCGCUCAACCUCAGCCGCCGAUUUCGUCCCGAGCCUCGCCGAUAUCUUCUCCCAACGAUGGGCGCAAUCUCCGGGAAACUCCACGAGUGCUCCUUCAAAUCGCUUGUCUUCUUCCCAGGUCCAGCCUGAAUUAUCCCCCUCAAAAUCACAAUCGGUCGAUUUAACCAUCCGAUUUUGCUUUUCCUUUUUUAGUUUUUGGAUUGCAGCGCCUUCAGUUUGACCGGUAUUACUAGGAUGACGGAAUCGACGGUCCAGCUCCGGUUCACGAAUCUGUACAUGACGAUCGCAGGACCUUUUGCGUUUCCUUUUUAAUGCAGUGAAUGAAUAAUGAGUAAUCUGGUGGACUGAAUUUUCUGCCGAAUUUGUAUGACCAAUAUAAUGAUGCUAGACAGAAUAUUACGAUGAUAGUAAUUACUGAUGAUCUUUUUCGAUUGGGGAUAUUAGCGGGUUGGAUUUGAGUUUAAUUUGGUUGGGC